CAACGUCGCAGCGCGCUCGCAGCAUAGUCUGUUCCACGCUCAUCACCCGUCGAUCAAAGUACCAUCCGUGCAUACCAGCGUUAACUAAACGCUCUCUUUGUUUCUGUGCGCGUUUCCACUGAUGAUGCCAUCCGCAUCCGCCGUGGCCACCACCGACAACUCCACCAUCACCUAGGGCCUGCCAUAGGGCAAUGCCACAGCCAAUCCACACCAAACAAAGCAGCGUGUGACCGAGCGGAAAACCUUCUUAACACAGCGCGCGACAGGGCGCACGAGGAGCGACAUCGGCGUCUGGCUCAACCUCAGCGUAGGUUAGUCAGUGCACCGUGGGUCUACAACGAGGUAUAAACCACACAAAAUUAAAGACAUUUGUUAAAUACAUUGUUUCCGUACAUUCGCCUGCGCCUGCCACACAACGUGAAGCGUUGAAUUGUCGUCGAGUCGCCGAUAACGAUCGUAUUGUUGUCGUCGAGUGCCUCCGCGGAGAGAGAUAAUUCACGCCGGCGGUGGCUGAUAAAAAAAUAUAAAGAGGAACUCAACUGCGCUUGAUUUGUAUAAAUAAUAUAAUUGCGGCGCGCCGCGAUGUCAGUGCCCGCGAAUAUUUACUACGACGCGAACGCGCCGACGACGAAGACGCUGCUCCAGCUGGCCCAGGGCGAUAACGCGACGGCGGCGUACAAGGAGAUCAUGCUCGACAUGCUGCCCGAGGGGUUGGCGUUGGAUGCCAGCUGUUUGCCCUGGCUGGGCGCGUUGCUUGGAUCGCUGAUGGUUGGUUUCAGCGGUGUGUUGCCGCUUAUGGUUAUUCCGAUGGAUCAGACGGACAACCUCAAACAUGGCGAUAGUGCUAAUAAGUUGAAGGUCCUGCUGAGCUUCGCCGUCGGUGGCAUGCUCGGCGAUGUCUUCCUGCACUCGCUGCCUGAGAUCUGGGCGAAUGAUGUUGCACGCAAUGGAGGCACGCAACCGUCGUUGGGCAGCGGUUUACUCAUCCUGACCGGUCUGAUCGUGUUCGUCAUCACCGAAAAAGUCUUCUCGGUUAUCACGCAACUCUCCGAGACUGCGUUCGAUGAUCCUCCACCUACGGAGAAACUAAACAACAACACGAAAGGUUCAGAAGAGAAAAACGCUGUAGAUGAUAAUAAGAAACAUAUUACUGGUUAUCUUAAUCUGAUUGCCAAUAUGAUUGACAACUUCACGCAUGGAUUAUCACUGGGCGGUGCGUUUUUAGUCUCCUUCCGUUUGGGUUGCCUAACUACAUUCGCCAUUCUUGUACAUGAGAUUCCACACGAGGUUGGCGACUUUGCCAUUUUGUUAAAAUCGGGUUUCAGUCGUUGGGACGCAGCGAAGUUUCAACUUUUCACCGCUGGUGGCGGACUUGUCGGUUCUCUAGCAGCGAUUGCUUUCAGCGGUGCUUCAAAUUCCAUCGAAGCAAGAACUUCUUGGAUAUUACCAUUUACAGCCGGUACGUUCCUUCACAUUGGUCUGGUGACAGUUCUACCGGAUUUACUCAAAGAAGAAGACCCCAAAGAGUCUUUCAAGCAGUUGGUAGCACUGUUGUUGGGUAUCACAAUGAUGGCAUGCAUGUCAACCAUCUUGGAAUAGAACAUAACCACAUGACAUGUUCUUAUAUACAUAUUUUUAGUUUUUCUUACGUUUAAACAACACAAAUCAAACAAAUUCACUCAUAUCUGAUUGAUUCUAUCGCCGUGAUCGCGGAAAUGCGAACAGUUGAGAUAACGACAAUGUAACGCGAUGGCUAUUGUCAACUACUUAUCAUUAUCGAUAAUCCGUUACAACCAGUGAGACAUUAUAUCAUUGGGGACGAGUGGUAAGAUUAUUAUAAAUAGCGCGUUACGAGACUAUUUUUCUACGAUCAUUUCUAUAUUGCUUGAUAUUGAGGAGGGAAAACAGCGGAAAUUUACAUGAAAUAGUGAGAUUCAAUUUAUGCCAUUGUUAGAAUAAGGUUAGGAUUCAUAAAACAUGAAAUAUUUGAAAGAACAAAAUGGCGUCCUGGGUUUACUAAACGUUUACUGACGUGAUUGGCAUUGUAAUGUGAUAUGUAUACUAUAAUUGACAGUUAUAUUCUUAUCGUUUAGGCUUUAGUUUAUCUGCGUUUGAGAAUAAGUUGUUAGUCUUUAUAUUACUUUAUCUACGCAACAUAUUUGUGCCAGUAACGGUUACUUUGUAAUUACAAUUCGAGAAAUUGAUAUUAUCAUACACAACAACACAUUUACUUCUUAGUUUUCUAUAUGAAUUGAUAAAGUUGAUGAAAAAGGUUAAAAAAAGACAAAUUGUUGAAGUAACGAGUAACUUUAUUAGAGAUAACUUUAUUACUGCAUAAAUUUAUGUUUAUUAUACAAAAUGUUAAGAGUACUUAAUGAUAAUAAAGUGCUUUUGUAUAGUUUCACAAAUAAAA